AUAAUACGGUGCGGGACAAAGAGCUGUCGACUUCGGAGAGCUGUGCCCCUUUUCUUAGAAGAGAAAGGAAAUGGCGUCGGCAAGAACGCACCCUCUCAGAGGUCUCGCCGUGGCCCUGCUGCUGUCACUAUCAUGCCUGGCACUAAGCACGGGCGCAAGGUCCAUCGACACAACAGUACCUGCCGCUGACAUCGCGAAGCGCGCAGACCCCUCCCUGGCGGGCUACCUGGGCGUCUUCUUCCUCGGCGCGGACCCGUACGUGUACUUCUACCUCAGCAGCGGCAACGACCCGGUCGCGUUCAAGGCGCUCAACCGCGGCGCGCCCGUCAUGCGGCCGACCAAGGGCACCGGCGGCGUGCGCGACCCGUCCAUCAUCGCCGGCAGCGGCGCCGACGCGGGCAAGAAGUGGUACAUUAUCGGGACCGACUUGAAUAUUGGCAAGACAACGUGGGACGCGUCGCAGCGGACGGGGUCCAAGGGCAUCUUUGUGUGGGAGAGCACGGAUCUGCUAACGUGGACCAACGAGCGGCUGGUCACGGUUGAGGACAGCACUGCCGGCAUGGUGUGGGCGCCCGACGCCAUCUGGGAUCCCGCCAAGGAACAGUACCUCGUCCACUGGGCAUCCAAGUUCUACCCAACCUCCGACACGCGCCACACGGGCUCGCCGUCCAACAUCCGCAUCCGGUACGCGCACACGCGGGACUUUGUCACCUUCACCACACCGCAGACCCUGAUCGACAAGGCGCUGACGGACGUGAUUGACCUGUCGAUCCUCCAAAUCAACGCCACAUCAUACGUGCGCUUCCUCAAGGACGAGAGCAAGAAGAACGUGUUCGCCGAGGUGUCAUCCUCAGGACUGUUCGGGGCGUGGACGCGGCCGGGCGGGUCCGGCGCGUACAUCGCCAGCGGCGUCGAGGGCCCCGCAGCGUUUUGGGACAACGAGGUCCCCGGCAAGGCGCACUUGCUACUGGACUUUUACGGCGGGGAUGGGUACCGGCCGUAUGAGAGCACGGUGCCGGGGAGCAAUAGCGCGUGGACGGCGAGUAGUCGCUCUGCGUUCCCGGCGAACCUGCGCCACGGCAGCGUGCUGCCCGUCACGCAGCCGCUGUACGACGCGCUGAGGGCUAAGUGGGCGUGA